AUGUGGAUAGCCAAAAUCACUUACACGGGUAGACUUAUUGUGGCUGGAUACGAAGUAGAACAUCGAGAUUGGGCGCCAAUCUAUCAUGGAGAAGUUAUCCAAGUGGGGUUCUCAAAAUUCCGCUUAGUGCUAGAAGAAAGACUCUCCCCCAUGACCGAGAAGCAAAAAGAAUAUCAUUAUGAGUCCAGCGGCGAAGAUGAGCAGAAUGACCAAAGCACAAGGUCUCUUACGUGGGACGAAGUGCUCAACAAGAUGAACGCCAUGCUCGCCAGGAUGGAUCACAGAGAGGCGAUCAGAAACAAGAAAAUAGCCAGCGAUAAUAGACGGACUGAGCUUACUACAGAAUCUGAAACUGAAUCAGAUUCGUCUAGUGAGGAUGAAAAGUCCUCCCCUUCUCCAAAGACGCCUAAGAAAAUAGUGCCAAAAGAGUACGAAUUAGAAAGCGAAGAAGAGACUUCGUCUGAAACCGAAGAUGAUAGUAGCACGGAUUCUUCAAGCGAUGAAGAGAUAGAAGUGCCAAGUCGGGAGUGUGCCAAUAUCGGCGCCCUCAAGCCUUCAGAACGUGCAAGGACUGAAAUUUCAGAAAAAGGGAUACUUGGAGCCCCUCCUAGCGUUAUCCCUAGUAGCAGCACGAGUAUCACGUCUAAGGAUACUAAAGGCAUACUUGGCCCAGCCAAGACAAUCAGUGCUAUACGGCCUUUGGAAUGGGUUCAACCUAGAGCAUCAAGUGGGAACCAAAGGCCCAACCAUCAGAACGAGUCGGUCAGACGGACAGACACAAAGAACUCCAAUGGCAUUUACGAAGGACUACUUCCCUUACCUGAACCUUCCAAGACGACAGAACAAGAGAAAUUAAGGGAAACUAAUAGUACGUGUCCAAACUCAAACGAAGAGUGCUCAUCUAGCCUAACACAAGCUGAUAGUAGGGCGACACCUCUUGAAGAACUAACGCCUGAGGCAAGUCCUAAAGUGACGCCGAUGCAAAGCAAAGAAGAAAUCUUCACCCUAGCGUCACCUUUUAGAUGGGCAGAUGAGCCAUGGAAUCAAGAAACCCGUGAGCAAACAAAGAUAGAAACAAUGGGGCAGCGAGCCACGGGCAGCAAAGGGUUGUUACCACCUCCUAGCAUCCUUAUGAACCAACCUAAGGAGGGUGGUAUGGAUCACGAGUUCUUUGAGUCUCCCAAAAGUGCACGUAUGAAACUCCAACAAGGGGCGACUCAAGAAUUGGCAAGUCAAAACGCCAAAGUAGUUAGAGCCCAGUCCAGCAAGGCAGCUAGGCCAGUCACAGAGGAAUACUUACAGCUUGGAGUUCUUGCAGCUAGGCCUGAAUUCAGCAAAUCCGGUGAACUUUCUGUUGAUUCCGGCCAGCUUUUGGCUAAUUCCGGUGUGGACUAA